AUGGCGGAGACGUCCGUGUACGAGAGUGCGCGUAUGACGCACGAGGAGAUCGAGCAGUAUGAGGACGCUCUGGUCAAUACACUUAACAAUCCGCCCAGGGCCUCGUCGCAUCGUCUGCAGAUGCAGUGGCAGCUGGCGUCGUCGCAGUUAUUGGACCAGAUCGUGACUCGGUACGAUGCGCUGCAGGACAUGUAUGAAGACGCGAGUGGCGAGCGCGCGCGGGAGUGGGAGGCUCUGGCGGGCGACGUGGAUGAUGAGGACGGCGCGAUGGCCAAGUUUUACGCGCGACUAGAGCACCUCCAGGCCUACUACCAAAAAUACCCUGAGCGAGCUAUUUCCCUCGAGACGACCGCGACACCAUCAAUUCUCGGAGCACAAGACGCAUCCCUCUUUGACUUUUCUAUAAUGGAACGCGAAUUCAGUGGGGAGGAGAUGGGUGGUCGUUUCCUUGAUUUGUAUGAGCCAUACGAGAUGUUUAUCAACCUAAGGAACGUGCCGCACAUCAGUUACCUCGAGUACUUGGCUCAGCUUGAUUCGAUGAUGAGUGUGCCACUCGCAACGAAGCGCAGCGAGGCUUACAAGGUAUACCUUACGAGGCUGCGUGAAUAUCUGUCAGCGUUCUUGCACAAGACGCGCCCGCUGGAAGAUAUGGAUGCGCCCGAAGCGGCGGCGCUGCGUGCCUUUGAAGACGACUGGGAGCACGGGCGUGUGCCUGGCUGGGAAACAAAGGAGGCAGCGCUGUACGGUACAGGAAAUUCUGAGUCGGGUAUAUGGUGCGAUGCGUGCCAGCGCUUCUAUGCGAAGCAGACUGUGUACGAUGCGCAUUUAUCGUCCGCACGGCAUCUCAAGGCUGUGAGGCGCCUUCAGAGUGGUGAACAGCCAGCUGCGCCGCAGCCGCGUGAGAGUGAUAUGGAACAGAAGAAGCAUGCACAGCGUGCUAAGCAGAUUGCGCGCGACGAGGUGCUCGUCCGAGCUCUCGCAAUGGAACUGGCGUCUGUGCGGGACGAGACGCGGGCCAACAUCGAGCGUAAGGCAUCACUGACGGAGCGGGAGCGGGAAGAAGAAGUCGAGGCGAUGGAGGCGGAGAUGGACGAGGCCAUGGAAACCGGCGGUAUGGGCUACGAGGAUGCGGGUGAGGACGUCGAGGGUGGCGGCGGAGAAAAAACGUACAAUCCUCUCAAGCUCCCGAUCGGCUGGGACGGCAAGCCCAUUCCAUUCUGGAUGUACAAACUACAUGGCUUGCGCGUCGAGUACAGGUGCGAGAUCUGUUCGGACCAUGUAUACAAGGGCCGCAAGGUGUUUGAGAAGCACUUUCAAGAAUCACGACAUGCCUUUGGCAUGCGUGCGCUAGGACUGCCGAACACGCCCGAGUUCCGUGACGUGACGCGCAUUCAGGACGCGUUUGCGCUCGCAGAAAAGUUACGGCAGCAGAAGCGGCUACAAGAUGUGGAAGAGGACGACACGAUCGAAGUAGAGGAUGAGCAUGGCAACGCAUAUACCCGCAAGACCUUUGAGCUGCUCCAGCGCCAGGGCCUGCUGUAG